AUGAAUCCUCCCCCAAAAGCACCUAAGACAAACAUCCUAACCCUGCCCCCCGAACUGCACCUCCAAAUAACAACCCACCUCCCCCCACCCCCAGACCGCUCGCGCGCACAUCUAUCCCAAACAAACCACUACUUCCGGUCCCUCCUCCCGCCACCCAGCCACGCAGACCUCCUCGCCGCCGAACUGGAACCCGCCGCGAUCGCCGAGGACCUGUACACGUGCCGGUACUGCGUGCGGCUGCGGGGAGCAGCGCGGUUCGCGGACCGGAUGCUGCGGCGGGGGCGGGGCAGGUUUGGCGCGGAGCGGGAGCGCGCGAAGCGGUUUUGUUUGGGGUGUGGGGUUGCUCCCAGACAAUCGGUUACUUGCGCAGAUGGAAAGGGGGAGGGGGAUGAGGGGAGUGGAAGGUUGGGGUGCACGGUUGGGGAGGCGCGGUAUGGGUUUGGGGAUUUGCUCUCGGAGUACACCUGGGCCCAAUUUAUAUCAGCCUAUAUCAACAAGCACGACGAAGCCGUUCAGCUCGUCAAACUCCUCGGACUACUCGAAUACCAACAACACCUCCAGAAUUUCCACAAAAAGUUCGUGACCCAGAGCGGGGCCCUGUUCGCAGAACUCUUCACAUCUUCACGUCUUGCCAUUCCUGAGGGCUGGGAGCACCUUAUUCGGGACCAGUUCGGUCCGUUGUUCGUGGCGGCUAUGGGGGCUGCGCGGCGAGCGAAGAUGCAGCUCGUGCACCCGAACUUCAAUUUCCCGGUAAAUGAGGACUGGAUUGGGAGUGGGCACGAUGAGCUUUAA